CACACUCAUUCCCAUGUAAAACACACACAGCACCGUGACGUCACGCAUCCAACAACACCAACUGUUUCAUCAUCAUCAUCAUCAUCACCAUCAUCAACAACAACAACAUCAUCAACAACACCACACCAUGUUUGAAGGCUUCCAACCGUUCACCGUCACCACGCAGGCCUCGCCGGCGGUGACCAUUUUCGGCAUCAAGAGCGGCGAUUCGUCCUCGCCGCUGCCGCCCCUCCUCCUCCUCCACGGCUGCCCCCAGAGCCACCACAUAUGGCACCGCGUGGCCGAGCAGGUCGUCGACCGGUACACCGUCGUCGCCGUCGACAUCCGCGGCUACGGCCGCUCCUCGAAGCCCGAGGGCGUCGAGUCCUACGCCAAGAGCGUCAUGGCCCGCGACUGCGUGACCGUCAUGGACCACCUCGGCUACGCCGGCAAGCCCUUCUUCGUCUGCGCCCACGACCGCGGCGCCCGCGUCGCCCACAAGCUCUGCGUCGACAGCCCCGACCGCGUCCGCGCCGUCGUCCUCCUCGACAUCUGCCCGACGCUCGUCAUGUACAAGACGACCGACUUCCGCUUCGCCCGCGCCUACUUCCACUGGUUCUUCUUCAUCCAGCAGGCGCCCCUGCCCGAGGAGCUCAUCGGCGCGUCGCCCAAACGCUUCGCUGAGCUGUUCAUGCUCGGCCGCGACCCGCGCUCAAUCACCGUCUUUGGCCAGGACAACUUCGACUACUACGUCAGCGUGCUGGAGCAGCCCGAGUCGGUGCACGCCAUGUGCAACGACUACCGCGCGAGCGCGACGCUGGACCUCGAGGAGGCCGAGGCCGACCUCGCCGCCGGGCGCCUGAUCCGGUCCCCGCUUUUGGUGCUCUGGGGCAAGCAGGGCGUCAUCGAGGAGUGCUUCGACGCCGUCAAGGAGUGGCAGGCCGUCACGAGCGAGGACAUCUCGGUGAAGGGUUACAGCGUCGAGUCCGGCCACUACAUCCCGGAGCAGGCGCCGGACGACGUUGUCAAGGCCAUCACCGAGUUCCUGGUUUAGUCGCACGCGGAUUGCUUUGCAUUGAGGUUCUGGAAUGAUUCAUGUGUCUUGGAACAUAAAACGCCCCCAAAUGUCUGCUCCGAUUCAACAGUCUGUCAUCUCUUAAGAUCUCUCUCAUCAGCACACUCACUCGCUGUCAUCAUCAUGAGAUGCGGCCUUACCAUGCAACGCCACUGAGCUGUCAAUCCAGUGCUCCUUACAAUCACUCUCAUACAUGAUACAUGGGACCGACCCAUUUCGACCCUAGUUCUCAACGUCGUCUACCCCAUGCCAUCAUGAGAGUCUGGGGCCGACCUAAUCUUCAACCCCGCCUCAAAGCGGGUUCAUCACC